GUAUUCGAAUCACGCAAAAUAGGUGAGGAUCUCUUGCGAACUGCGGGACUGCAGAGCCAAUUUGAUUUGGUGGACUUUCGGGACUCGGAAUUGUUUUGUUAAUAUUAGAGAAAGUACAUUCUUCUGUAGACAAAAAUAACUACAUCUUGAACUCUGUGUAUGAACUAGCCGUCGAUGGAUAGAUAGUUUAGCUUAUCUGAAAUAGGCUAAUUUUCCUCAACUAGAACUUUUAGCCUACUACAAAAGUGUCGGAAUGUCACACAGACAUAGGCCUAUACUCCUAUUGUAUAUUUAUUUAGUAAGCGAUUUAUUGGGACUUAACGAUGAAGGCUCUCCAACCACAGUGCACAGCAGCUACAAUGAGGUGAUGCCCGAGGAAGAUUACACUCCCCGCCUAGACUACAGAACUCCACAUUGGUGUCACUCUUUGAGCCUGGCCAAUGGGGAGGUGACGUGUUUCUCCCCCCGAGGAGGGAACUACCAUAGCACGCUGGGAACGCGCUGCUUGAUGACCUGCGACCGUGGUUACAGACUGCUGGGCAGAACGUCCAUGAAGUGCAUGGCCAACCGCCGCUGGUCGGGCACCACGCACUGCCGCAGGGUGCGUUGCCGUGUGUUGCCUCUUAUCUUGCAUGGCUCGUACACCUGCACCCAGGGCUUUGUGGUGGACUCCCGCUGUGACUUCACCUGUGACCCAGGCUACAGGAUGGAGGGGGAACACUCUCGCACCUGCCUGGAGGGGGGGUCAUGGGGCGGCUAUGAGCCCAUCUGUGCAGAUCAGGACCCUCCAAAAAUCAGGUGUCCUAUGUCCAGAGUUAAGGUUGCAGAGCCUGGGAAACUAACUGCCACUGUCUCCUGGGAAACCCCUGUUGCCACGGACACUGCUGAUAAAACACUAAAUGUGAUACUGGUGAGUGAAUUGCCUGAAACAGGCUUCAAAGAGGGGACAAACCUUGUCCAGUACAAAGUCUAUGACCAAGCCAGGAACAGGGCUACCUGCAGGUUUAUUGUGCGUGUUGAGGUGAGGAGGUGUCCAGUCCUCAAACCUCCUCUGCAUGGCUACGUCACCUGCUCCUCCGAUGGGAAUAACUACGGAGCGGAGUGUGUGUGUCACUGUGACGGGGGCUACGAGAGAAGGGGAGCCUCCUCCCGUGUCUGCCAGUUUGACCACAGCUGGACCCACGAACCUGCUGAGUGUAUUGCUAUGGAGUUUAAAGCUGAUGUGAGGUCAGCCUCUGCCCUCCUGGAACAGUUCUAUGAGAAAAGGAGGCUCCUGAUUGUGUCGGCGCCCAACAUUGCUGAUCAGGACUACAAGCUCCAGAACCUAAUGAUACAGAAAGCGAGCUGUGGCCUGGAGCUGAGGCAUGUGACGGUGAUCGAGCUGGUGGGUUCGCCUCCGAGAGAGAGGGGUCGCAUCAAGGACCGUCGGCUGGGCCCUGAGGUCAUCCAGGGCCUGAGGCUGGCCCUGAGAAUCUCCAGAUCCUACUUCAACAUGGUGCUGCUGGAUAAGCAGAGUGUGGACCGAGAGAGAUUCAUCACCACCACCACCUCAGACGAGCUCUUCUCACACAUUGAUGACUACCUGCUGGACGAGGAGGAGCGAAACAGGCUAGAACUGUACAGGGACCACUGUGACUAGAUCAACAGUGCACCCCCUGGUGGAUGCUGGAGAGUACUGUCACCCCUCGGUCCUUGAGGAAAUUUUCUGUGCUGUAGAGAUUUAACAUAAGCAGACUUUAAAUUAGUCUACUGCAGGACAAGAGGAGGAACUUGGAACACAAUAAAUGUUUUUUGGAGGUAGUCAUUGUUUGAGUCUGUCUCAAAGUAUUAUUAGGAUUUUUACCUUUUUAUACCUUCUAACAUUUUCACUAACAAACAUGAAUGAUUACAGGUUUAGUCAGUUCAUAUAUUUAUUAUGUGAAUAAACUAUUUUAUACAGGCAUGAUUCAAAAUAAACUUAAAAUGUUAAAAUAAUUAAAAUAUUUGAAAGACAUAUUUACCUUGCUGUCUACAAAUGAAGAGCAUUGUGUAUAAGAAUACAUGUAAUUUUGUGCAACAACAAUAUAUACAUAUGUAUAUUCACUACAAGCUUGAUGUCUCCAUAAAUCAUUAGUAAGGAUGCUAGCUAGAUUAUCUGUUUUACAAACCUGGAUAACUGGAUAACUAGUGCAAGAGAAAAGCACCCCCUUUAAAACCACUGUUUAUAAUGAGUAGUGCUUUCAGUGUACAAAA